AUGGCGUAUAAAAAAUCGUCAACAGAAUAAAACAUUUUGUCAACAAUGGAUGGUUUUUCUGUUAACAUUGAAUUUGAUUAGAUCUAGUCUAGCUCAGAAAAAAAAUAUUAAUGCAAAGCUCUAAUUGAACUGUUAAACCAGCCCCCAGCUGUGUAAUAUUGGCUAGUCCAGCAUAAUGAUGUAACCAUGGUCAGCUGUGUAAUGUUGGCUAGUUGAGCAUAAUGAUGUAACCAUGGUUAGCUGUGGGUAACUGUAGACUGCUGAUAGACCUGGUAAUGCCUGCCAUGAUGGACAGUGAUCUACUGAGUGAUAGUGGCUGCACCAAGCUGUACCAGGGCUUUGACAUGAGCACCCUCAAUGGCUUGAGCCCAGAGAGGCCACAUGUCUUUAAAAGUUUUCACAGCCCAGCAGAGUACGAGGGUGCCACACCUGACCAGCCUGGGAAACACUUGGUGCCAGACAAAGAGAAGAACUUCUACCAUUCCAUUGGUGAUGUGGAGAGAAAUGUGGUAGCCUUUGAAAGAGAAGAGACAAUGAGGCCAUCCUACCUGAAGUUGUAUGAGAAGCAGGAAGAGGGAUGCCUGUAUCAGAUGGAUGGCUUUCACGCAGCAGACAGCCAUGACAAAUUAAAAGCUGACGACAGUCUGUCGUCCCUACAGUUGGCCCCACCACCAGCAAGCUCCGCCCCCAGUAUCUGUGCUCUAGCUAUGCAGGUGGAGAGCCAGCAAGACAAGUCAGCUUGUUCUGCGGAGGUUCCCUCAAGCUGUUUACCAGACAUGGCCUCAUGUAACCAGCCACCCCCUCACCUCCAUCAAGACCAGCCAACUGUGAGUGAUGCUCCCACACAGUGCCAGCAAGAUGUGCUCAGUCUGGUGACAUGCAGCAAGCCUCUAGACUCCACCCCCUCAGUGCCUUGUCAGAUAUUGACUAAAUAUGUUUACAUCAAUACAGCCUGCAAGAAAAAAACAGCUAAGAAAAGCUUUGGUGUUUUAUACAAAAAUGCUUUCAGGCAUUUUCAUAAAGGAAACAAAUUGAAACGGGCCCAGCAGCUCAAGCACAAGAAACUGGCACCUGGCCAGAUCAAACCUAAGCAAGUCACUGGGGAGAGACAGGAAAAGGUUUUUAACCAAGAGAAUUGGGAGACAACAGCAAGUAGCCAUGCUGGAACACAAAACAAAUUGACUGAUGGGAAAUUUACUCACUUGAAAACCAAAGCAACCAAGCCAUCCAACUGUGUGGGGGGAGAAGCUGUGAAAAGAAAAAUUUUAAGCCUGGAGGAAAAAGUCCAGAUUGUUGAGGCUAUGGAGAAGUCAGACAGUACCCUUGUUUCUGUUAGUGAAGAAUUUGGUGUUUCUAGGACUGUUCUAUGGAGGAUUCUGAAAAAAAGGGAUGAGAUUAUGGCCAAGCAUGAAGCUGCCAAGUCCAAGAGAAGAAAAAGAUGCAAAGAACCACAGGCAGUUGAGGUCAAGCAAGAGAAGACAGACUCUGAAGAUGCUGGAACUCCUAAUGAAGAAGAUGACUGGUUGACAUCACACUUACCCUCAACAAAGCGCAAACCUAAUUUUAGAAAUAGAAAAGAUCUGACCCUAGAAGAAAAAGUGAAAGUUAUAAAAGCCCUGGAAACGCCUGGCACAAAGAUCAAUGCCAUGGCCAAAAAGUUUGGCGUCUCUGUCUCCUCCAUCAGUCGCAUCAACAAAAACAAAGAGCUGAUCAUGCUCAAGUCUACCAGUGGGGACUUGAGCAGCAAGUCCAAGAGGUCACGCGAGUGCAAGGACCCGGAGUUGGACAGAGUCUUGUUGAAGUGGUACCGAGCUAUUGAGAAGACACAGGUGGAUGAAAAAAUCUCCAUCUCCAAUGUUCUGCUCAAGCAGAAAGCUCAUGACCUAGCCAUUGUCAUGGGUAAAAACUAUUUCCCCUCCGACAACUGGAUCAUCCGCUGGAAGCACAGACACAACCUGGAGUCCAAGACUAACAUGAUACAAGACAGGGAGGAGCUGAGGAGGCUGGACACUGUUGACAUUGCUGACAUCCUGGAGGAGGUGGGCAAGCACCAGUACCACCUCCAGCAGGUCAAGCCUGAGGCCCAGCUCAAGCAUGGGGACAAACCUGAGCAGUUCUUCAUCUGUGAGCACUGCGGCGUGCUGACCAGCAGCAAGAAGAAGAGGGAGAGCCAGCACCAGGCUGGCUGCCCCGCCUCAGCUGUCAGGAAGGAUCUGACUCUAGAGGAGAAGGUUCAGGUCGUGCGAGCACUAGAGGAGCCGGGGGUGAAGAUGAUCCACCUGGCCAAAAGGUACGGGGUCUCAGCCUCAGCCAUCAGCAGGAUUGCCAAGAACAGGGUUGAUAUCCUGGCCAGGAAAGCCAGUGGUUUGUCUAAUGGCCAGAGGAAGAGAGACAGAGGCAGCAAGGAGCCGGAGGUGGAGAAGGUCCUGUGUGAGUGGUUCAAAGUUCAGCAUGAGAUGGGCGUCCACAUCUCUGGCUCCAUGAUACGGGAGAAGGCCAGAGACAUUGCUCGGCUCAUGGGCAAAGACUUCUGGCCAUCAGAGAGCUGGGUCUUCAGAUGGAGGCAGAGAAACAACGUCUCCGACAUGAACGCCAUCUUGUACGCAGACUCAGAGGAGGACUCUCAUCAAGGGCGACCAGAGACAGAGGAAAGCUCUUAUCAGGCCUCUGUUGCUGAUGAUAUCAAUGAUAUUAAAGUUAGCUUUGGGGAAGAAAUAGCCGCAGAUGUGACAGAUGGUGAUGAAGCUGGCGAUAAAAUGAAACAAAGUAAAAAAGCUGUUGUGCCAGGGGAGAGAAAGGUACGGAUCCCCCGGUCAGUCAUGUGUGAGAAGUGUGGCUUUGUGUCAAGCAGGAUCAAGAACAGCCGUGUCAAAAGUCUGCGCCAUGCCAAAGGCUGCCCGGACAUGAAGCCUAGACACGAGCUGACGUAUGAGACACGAGCCCAGAUGCUGAAAGCCCUGGAGGAGCCGGGGGCCACUCUCAGCUCAGUGGCUCGCAUCUUUGGGGUCUCUGUCUCCUCCAUGUCCAGGAUUAAUGCCAACAAAGAGCGCAUCCUGAACCACUGCCUGGACCACAGCAGCCAGAAGAGGAUCAGGUUUUGUAAGGAGCCAGAGGUGGCCCACAGGCUCUACACCUGGUACAUGGAGAAGAAGGCCGAGGGCGUGCAUGUCUCAGGGCCUAAACUCAAGGAAAAAGCCAGGAAGAUGGCUGCUGAGAUGGGCAGGGAAUUCAAGGCUUCCAGUGGCUGGCUGGGGAGGUGGAGGCACAGGUACAACAUCGUCAGCUCUGCCAAACAUCCUGACAAGAUGGACAGGGGGCAGGCCAAGAAGAAACGAGCAAGGAAGAACGUGCCACUGAGGUCAGACGAGCCCAUGCUCCAUCUCCAGGCCAUGCAAUCAGAUAUACAGCAGGACAGUUCAGCCAGUGCCCUGAUAGACCAACAGGAGCCAGCCAUGCCAACCCUGCCAACCCAGCAACCUGUCUUCAUCCACCAAAGAUUCUCAGCCCCCUGGGAGUUGGCUCAACAGCAGGCUGGCUCCUGCGUGUGGGCCAAAGAGUUCCUGAGCCCAUCAGGUGUGCCAGAAGAAAAUGGCCUGCAGAUGUCCUACGCCUACAACGAUGGGCUGAGCAAGCCUGUGUUCCACAACAUGUUUGACUCCUCCUUCUCUUCUGUCGGCUACCCAGUCACCAUGGACUCAGGCAUGCUGGGACGGGAGUACAUGAAAGUUGAUAACAAUGAUGAUAAAAGUGGCCUAACUGCUGGCCAUAUGCCUCAGGGUGGCCCCAGUGGCCAUGUGCCACACUCCGUCCACCCCACACAUCAACACCACACACACCCUCACCCACAGCUGUCAGGGAACACACACCUCCAGCAGCAAAUGGUACCCACACACUCACACCCUCACCACCCUCAGCAUACUCUCAUCUCUCACCCUCCACCUCCCCCCUCCCCAGCUGCCCUUGAUGAAGACCCAGAACAACAGAGGCAGGUGAUGGAGGCCUUUAAGAUUAUGAACUCUUUUGCCCAGAAGCGAUCUUUGGGGGAGCAAUUUCAAGCAGCUUUGAGGACCAUUGAGAUGACAGUUAAAAACCAGUCAAGGAAGUCCUCUUCUAGAAACACAUACACCUCGAUAUAAGCCCACACUACAAGAAACACACCUCAAUAUAAGCCCACACUACAAGAAACACACCUCAAUAUA